UUUCAACAUGUUUAAUUCUGUUUUUAUAACUUUGAAAAUACAAAAUCAAUCACAGAAUAUAGUUAGAUAUAUCAAAACACAUUUAGAAAAAGGAUUUUACAUUGUCAGUUUAUCUACCAGUGGUAUACUAGCUUAUUUAUACACUGUUUUUAUAUCCGAGCGAUUUUCAUGAUGUAUUCAAUGACUUAACACAUGAUACGGUUUGUUGAUUACAUUCAGUGUUUAAAGCAUAAAUGAAACAAACUCUCAAAUAUGAAUGUUCUACGGAUACUUUAUUUUCUUCCAUUAAUAUACGUGGGAUAUCAAAGUGUAUACAAACUUUACACUUUUUAUCGAACAUACUGCACGGAUCAUACCUAUCCGCACUUCAAAAGUGACGAUGACAUUGUGAAGCAGAUAAAACAACAGUUAAAACUGGAUCCACAUCCUAGCGGUGCCGGAGCUUUUAGACAGUUGUGGAAAGGAGAUAGGGAUGUUGUAUUUACCAGUAAAACCAGUCACAGUAGUGCAAGAAGCAUAGGUACAAGCAUAUAUUUACUGCGAGUCGCGCCAAAUUGUGGCCAAUGGCAUAAACACCUGUCAGAUCAAGGGUUUUUCUGGCAUGCUGGUGGGGCUUUAAAUAUCCAUAUGCUUCAUGAAGACGGCAGAUACAGUUAUGACGUAUUAUGUGACGUAACAACCAAUGAAAACUGUUCGGGACAUGUUAUUAUUCCUCACGAUACAUGGUACUUUGCAGUACUUUCACCUGAUGCUUCUUAUAACCUGUGCAGCGAGGUCGUUAUGCCAGGUUUUGAAUUCGAAGAUUGGUCGGUGGGAAGCGAGGGAGACCUAGUUGAAAUUUAUCCACAGUAUAAUGACAUUAUUAAAAAUAUUACAAAUUACAAUAAAUGUUGAAACUGUA